AUGCAGGUCUGUGGAACCAGAAUAGCAUCUGUAGCAGCGAAGUCAUCCUAGGCUCUUGGCCCUGUGUCCUGGCAGCAAUUUGAUAUGAAGAUGGCAGCCAGGGUGCUGUGGGGCAGCCUCAGCCUGCUCCGCCUGGUGUGGUGUCUCCUUCCGCAGACAGGCUACGUGCACCCAGAUGAGUUCUUCCAGUCUCCUGAGGUCAUGGCAGAGGACGUCCUGGGCAUAAAGGGCGCGCGGCCCUGGGAGUUUCACCCGAGCAGCCCCUGCCGUACAGUGGUCUUCCCACUGCUGACCUCUGGCUCUGCCUUCUGGCUGCUCAGGCUCUGGGAAGAGUGGGGGCCGAGGCCUGGCCCUGUGAGCGGCUAUGCGCUGCUGGUCGGGCCCCGCCUCCUCCUCGCUUCCCUCUCCUUUGCCCUGGACUUGGCCGUGUACCACCUAGCCCCACGCUGGGGGGCGGAGCGCUGGAACGCCCUGGUCCUGCUGUCUGGUUCCUACGUCACCUUGGUCUUCUACACAAGGACCUUCUCCAAUGCCAUUGAGGGGCUGCUCUUUGCGUGGCUGCUGGUACUGGUAUCCCCACGUGUAGCUGGGAGCUGCACUCCCAAGAAGCCUGCUCCAGGCCCGUCGUGGCACAGUUGGCUUCUUGGGGGUGUCAUGGCUGCUGGCUUCUUCAACCGGCCCACCUUUCUGGCCUUUGCUCUGGUCCCCCUCUUCCUCUGGGGUAUUUAUGGAGCCACAAACCCCAGCUUCAAGUCGCUGACCAAGGAAGCCCUGGUGCUGCUCCCAGGGGCGACCCUCACAGCAGUGGGGUUUGUAGCUGUGGACAGCUGCUAUUUCUCCAGUCCAUCUAGAUCCAGUACCCUUGUCCUUACACCUGCCAACUUCUUGUACUAUAACCUGGAUCCCGUAAACCUGGCGAGGCAUGGCACACACAUGCGGCUCACUCACCUGGCCGUCAAUGGCUUCCUGCUCUUUGGGGUGCUGCACGCCCACGCCCUGCAGGCUGCGUGGCAACAGCUGCAAGCCUGCCUCCAGGCCUUCACACAGCCGGGCUUCCCGAGGGCACUGGCCGCCCGGGGCCUGCGGUCCAGCCCCAGGUCUCACCUCCUGUUCCUCUACUUCAUGCCCCUGGCCCUGCUGUCUGCCUUUAGCCACCAGGAGGCUCGGUUCCUAAUCCCCCUCCUGGUCCCCCUCGUCCUGCUUUGUAGUCUACAGACCCAACUGGCACCCUGCAAGGGCACCCUGGUCCUUUUCAAUGCCCUGGGUGCCCUCUUCUUCGGCUGCCUGCACCAGGGGGGCCUAGUGCCUGGCCUGGGGCACCUGGAGCAGGUGGUUCGUUCUCCUGCACUCCCGCAUGUACCCACCCACUACACACUCCUCUUCACCCACACCUACAUGCCCCCCCGGCACCUCCUGCACCUCCCGGGCCUGGGCUCGCCCGUGGAGGUGGUGGACAUGGGCGGGGCUGAGGACCAGCUCCUGUGCCAAGCCCUCAGCAACCUCACCAGACAACCAGCCUGCCACGUGGCUGGUGGGCCGUGGCUCUGCCGCCUUUUUGUGGUGACCCCUGGCACCACCAGGUCUGCCAUGAAGAAGUGCAGCUUCCCCCUCAAGAGUGAGACACUCAUCUUUCCCCACUUGACUCUGGAGGACCCACCGGCCCUGUCCUCCCUGCUGAGUGGGGCUUGGAGGUACCAUCUCAGCCUUCACAUCCUGGAGCUGGGGGAGAAGCCUGACAAUAUGACAGAAAAGCCCCUGCCCAAGACUCAGCCAUAGGUGAAGGCGCUGCUCCACCUUCUAGGUAGAGAGCUGGGCUGGGACAGAGCCCUGACUCUCUUGCUUCCCUUUCCCUUCCAGAAUCCCCACCUCUCCUGUGCACAGCCUUUGACGGCUCCACUUUCUGGGUAAACUGAUGCCCAUCGUCCCUCAAAAACCAAAGAUCUGACCAGUCUCAGUCCUGAUGCCAAGGUCCCCAAAGAACCUGGUGUAAAAUC